AUGAUUUUUGUCUCUGCAGAAAAAAAAGAGAAUGUAGAAGCAAACCCCCAAUCCACCAUCACGCUCUCCAGAUCGGAUCUGCUCGAAACCCCAUCGCUGGACCUCCUCCACGCCACUCGUCUCCGCACACUGCGUUCUCCGCAAACUCCCGGUCAACCGUCGCACACAGAAUCACGCAUCCUAUUCACUGUUGGAGUCUGCGUCUCCAACCGUUUGCAACCACCGUUCACCAUCAUGGAUGAGUUUGCUUUUGAGCAUGAAAAGAUGGAGUUUGCAUCAGUUUGUUUGGAGAGAGGAUAA